AUGAAUAUUAAAAUAAUUUUAUUAUCAAUUAUUUUAAUUAUUCAAUUAUUAUUAUUAAAUAAUAAUGGUGGUAUUGUUGAAUCUAAAAUAAAUUUUAGUAAAAGAAAACAAACCGAUAGAAAACCAAAUCCUUCACCAAAAACAUAUACAAAAGAAUAUUAUGAUAAUAAAUAUUUAAAAUCAUUAAAAAAUGUUAAACAAACUCCAAAUGAUUUCCUUGUAACCGAUUUACCAGGUCUUGAUAAUGGUAUUUUAACAUCAUUUUCAGGUUUAUUAACAACCAAUGAAACUAGUGAUGGUAAUUUAUUCUUUUGGUUCUUCCCAGCCAAUGAAACCGUUAUUAAUCCAAUGGAUGCACCAUUAUUAGUUUGGUUAAAUGGUGGUCCAGGUUGUAGUUCAAUGGAUUCAGUUUUCAUUGAAACUGGUCCACUCAGAUUUAUUGGUGAUUCUGAUAAUUCUGAUAAAUUUUAUAUUAAUCCAUGGAGUUGGCAUAAUUCUGCAAAUAUGUUAUAUAUUGAUCAACCAUUUGGAACAGGUCUUUCAUUCGUUAGUGAUAAUGAUGGUUUAGUUACAAAUGAUUUAGAAAUUAAUCAAAACUUUUAUCAAUUUAUUCAAGAAUUUUUCCAAAUUUUUUCAAAUUAUUCAACUUUACCAUUUUUCAUUUCUGGUGAAAGUUAUGCAGGACAUUAUAUUCCACAUAUGGCAAGUUAUAUUUUAAAUAUGAAUGAAAAUUUAUCAAAAGAUUCAAUUAAAAUUAAUCUUCAAGGUGUUGCAAUUGGUAAUGGUUAUACUCAUCCAACAACUCAAAUUAAUUCAUAUCGUGAAUUUGGAUAUUAUGCAACUGGUAUCAUUGGUCAAAGACAAUAUAACAAUUAUGAAAAUCUUAAUAAUCUUUGUCAAGAACAACUCUCACAAGGUAAUUACAACUCUGAUGAAUGUGCAAAUGUUUUUAAUACACUUUUGGAUGAUUCCGGUUCAAGUAAUACUUCUCAAGUCAAUAUGUACGAUUAUAGAUUAAACGAUCCAACAGCAGGUAACAACUGGCCAUUACCAGGUAUCAAUCAAGAAUUUGUUUAUUUGAAUCGUGAUGAUGUUAGAAGUGCAAUUCAUGCAACAGUGACACCACAUCAAUGGAAUGAGUGUAAUGAUACUGUAAAUGGGUUACUUACAAAUCAAGAUGAAAGUUCAUUAUAUUUAUUCCCAGAAUUGUUAUCAAAUAUUAGAGUUUUAAUUUAUAAUGGUCAAUUCGAUGUAAUUUGUAACCAUGUUGGUACUACUGAAUAUUUAAAUCAAAUUGAGUGGGAUUACACUCAAGAAUGGUCAGAUGCACCACGUUUCACAUGGACAUCAGUUGGUACUGAUGGUUCACUUCAAUCUGGUGGUUAUGGUAAAACAGCUGCAAAUUUAACCUUUGUUUUAGCAUUAGGUGGUAGUCAUAUGUAUCCAAUGAAUAUGCCUUCAACUUCAUUCGAUAUGAUCACUAGAUUCUUAAAGAAUAAAUCAUUCAAUGAUUUACCACAAUCUAUUGGUAUUGAUGCUCCAUCAACUCCAAAACCUGUCCCACUCACAUUGGGUGCUUGGAUUGGUAUCACCGUUGGUGGUUGCGCCUUUGGUUUCUUAGUUGGGGGUUUAAUCAUUUAUAUAAUAAUGAAAAAAUCAAGUAAAAAUGGUUAUUAUAAAGUUAUACAAUAA